AUGAAGUUCGGCAAGCAGCUCGAGACGGAGAUCAACGCCGCGGGCGUCCUCGGUGACAGGGUGCCGUGGAUCGACUACGGAAAGUUGAAGAAACUCCGCAACUGCCGAUGCCACAAGGACGGCGUUCAGAAGGAGGAGGAGGAGAACACCCCGCUGAAGCGGGCCGACCCGGAGGAGGAGGCAGCCUUCUUCAGCGACGACGGCGACGCCGCGACGGAGGAGAAGGCCGUCGGGGAGAAAUCCGCGGCACAUGACGACGGCGUACCUCAGAAGGACGACGCGCCGUGCGAGCGUUGCACCCAGCUCUUCUACGCCGAGCUCGACAAGUCCAUGAAUGCCACCUCCAAGGCGUACUUCUCGUGGGUGAGCCGGAUCUUGUCGCGCGCUCCGUUUGAGCACAGCAAGCCGUGGUGGCGCAAGGGCCUGAACCUGGACGCGGUGAACUGCGGCCCCGGGAUGUACGGCUCGAAGGGCCAGAAGGUCAACGCCAGCCUCGGCUUCAACGAGCCGAGGGACGAGGAUGGAAAAGAUUACGCCCCCGACCUCUCCGGCGUGGACAUUGACCUGGAACACGAGGCGAAGGAGUGCCUCAACUGGAUCGAGCUCAACUCCACCGCGCUGCGCAAAAUUCUCAAGAAAUGGGACAAGGCCAACCACAGCACCAAGGGAAGGCAGACCCUGCGCAGGUACUGGACCGACAGCCAGUACCAGAUGCUCUUCUCGCCCCUCAUCCUGGAGCUCAGGGCGGUGGCGGGGAUGAUGGAGGGGGGCCUGGAGGGACCGCACUGGAACCUGCACGACGACGAGCACGACGACGACGAGCACGCGCACGCCAACGUCGAUCACAGCGAGGGCACGGGCGUGUUGACGUGCCCCAUUUGCUUCGACACGCUCUACAAACCGGUCGGUCUGCAGUGCGGCCACGUGUUCUGCCGCGAUUGUCUGCUCCAGUCGGCCGGUGUCCUGAAGGAGGGUGCGACGCUCGCGGACCUGCGCAUGGAACCCGCGCAUUUUCACGACGACCGAAUCCCGCUCACCAACGGCUUGAGGCGCCACUCGGAGGGUCAGGACAGCGCGCACAGCGCGGAGGGCGACGAGGAGGACGGGGCGGCGAGGAGCAACGAGGGUGGCGCGGCGCCUCCCCCGGGGCGCAAGUACCGCGCCAGGAGGGAUCGAUGCCCUCAGUGUCGAACGGAGGAUGUCUUCGGCAGCUCUGUUCGUCUACGACACGUCCAGGACUGCCUCAGGCGCGUCGAUCCCGAGGGAUACAAGGCUCGAAAGGCUGAGAGCAAGAAGCUGCGGAGUAAGCUCAAGUCGGAGGCGGUGAUGAACAACAUCGUGAACGGCUUGAUCAAGCUCGUGGCGCCGACGAACCGGGGGAUGAACCUGAUCGACCCUCGCACCGGCCAGAUUCGCACCUGAUCAAAGGUUCUCGUGUUGUAAUUUAUCGCGUACUCGUGUCG